UAACAAUAUAAUAAAAAAAGUAAAGUGAUAAUAUAAUUUUAAACAGGUGGAAGAUUUUCUACAACAAAUUCAAUGAAAAUGUCGGAAGCAAUGAUUAUGUCUGCAAAUGAUAAGAAAAUUAAAAUUGAGCCACUAGAACUUUCAAUAGAAGACAUUAAACUUGAAAAUGAAUUUGAUCUUGAAGGCAUUGUUAAGUCUGAAGCAUGUUUAGAAGAUGAUGAAACUUGUCUGGAAAGAUUUAUGAAUUCCGAAGUGACUAUAGAGGAAGAAGUCAAGCAGGAGGUAAUUGAGACACCCGGUUAUGAAUAUGACAUUCGUAAUAGAUCACUUUCAGAAUCUAAUUAUUCAAAAGAGCACAUGGUUGAUCCCACACCUAUAAAUGACAAAAAAGGCAACUAUAAAUGCAAUAUAUGUGAUAAGACAUUUAAAUAUUCAUCACAAUUGCAACUUCACAUGACUUCUCAUAGUACAGAACGUCCUAUCGAAUGCACAAUCUGUCAUAUGACGUUCAAAGAAAAAGGCACUUUGACAAGACAUAUGCGUGUUCAUACAGGAGAACGCCCUUUCAAGUGCAAAAUAUGCAAUCAGGCAUUCACACAAAAAGGUAAUCUGAGUUCACACAUGGUUACUCACACUGAAGAGCGUCGCUUCAAAUGUGAAAUAUGCAGUAAAACAUUCUCACAAUCGCGUGACUUGAAAAGGCACAUGAUUAUUCACACAGGAGAACGCGCUUUCAAAUGUGAAAUAUGCAAUCAGGCAUUCAUACGGAAACAUUAUGUAAAAUUACACAUGAUCACUCACACCAAGGAGUGUCAUUUCAAAUGUGAAACAUGCAGUAAACCAUUCUCACAAUCGAGUGACUUGAAUAGGCACAUGCGUAUUCACACAGGAGAACGCCCUUUCAAAUGUGAUACAUGCAAUAAGGAAUUUGCACAAUCGAGCAACUUGAAGAGACACAAGUUGAAUGUACAUAGUAGAAAACGUGAUGGAGGUCAAUGA